AUCUUGUAACCACAAACCUAAAGCACAAUCGUCAUCAAUGAGAAUACAUAACCUAAAAAACCCAGGCUAUAUAAAACCAGCGAUAUCCCUCUCCCCCGCACAUCGCUACCUCUCCCUUCCCUAUUCCCUAGGCCUAUUGGUAGUAGUUACCCCUCCAAUUUCCCGUUUUCUGUGACGUCCCGGCGAGAGAAAGAAAACGCGAGAAUCGAUUGUUUUGAUCCUCACCUGAUAGAUGGCAGCAGGAAUGACCUCCACGAACACUCGCUCUGUUUACCCCAAGAUGUCACCCUCCAUUAUGGAUUAACGUCAUCUCUCUCGCACAAGGUUAGCGCCCGCCAGCCCGCCACGACUCGGAAAGAGAGAUGCACCAUGGCCACUGAUAGCAGCGGCCCCGCAGGAGACGGUAUACGGGAGGGAAGGACAGCGGGAAUGGUGGUAGCUGGUUUGGGCAGGAUGAACCAAGACCAGUUUCUGCUGAAGUGGAACAACCACCAGAAUAAUUUUGUCGAAGUGUUUAGCUUUUUACGUACGCAGGAUGCUUUUGUCGACGUUACCCUUGCCUGCGACGGGAAGACAUUUUCAGCUCACAAGGUUGUCCUCUCUGCGUGUUCGCCAUAUUUCCAGACACUCUUUCAGACUAACCCUUGCAAGCACCCUAUUGUGUUCCUCAAGGAUGUCAAGGGACAGGAGCUGGAGGCUCUUAUAGAAUUUAUUUAUAAAGGAGAAGUGAGUGUAUCACAGUCUGAACUAGCUUCUCUGAUAAGUACAGCUGAAAAUUUAAAGAUAAAAGGUCUAGCAGAACCAGAGAGACCAACAGAAAAGACUGUUAAAAGAAUAGCUUCCCCUCCCAGACCUCAGCCCCCUCCCCUUCCCCCCCAGCCAGCCCCUGCCACGCCAGUAGGGGUGACGCAACAUCACCAGGUGUCAAAAUACCCUCAAUCUAGUCCUGUUGCUAAGCGGAAAAAAACAGAACAGUUUAAUGUACAGAGUAGUUAUGUUGGUGUUAGAGAGAACCAGGAGGAGGUUGUGACUGUUGAAGCGGGCAAUGGCGAGAACUUGAGCCUCCGCGGUGAAAACCUGAGCCUCCGUGGCGAAAACCUAAGCAUCCGCGGAGAUCACCCAGCCCCACAGGUCGUGUUAGUGCCCUCCCAUGAGCCUGCGCACCAACCCGAAGUCGCGCCCCAUACGCCACAGCCUUAUGCUAGUCACCACGGUCCCAUCGCUGCGUCGGAGGGGGUCCUGUACUCGGUCUCAGGGACAGCCAUCUACGCGGGCACAGCACAGGUCAGCUCGUCCAGCAGAGGGGAGCAGGUCACCAGAGAAGUGUACCCACAGGGCGACCAGUAUCACAGCAGUGAUGAGGGAACCUUGCCUGGGCCCUCGGGUGUCCAGACGCAAACGCACCAAUGGGACAGCAUGUACCUAUAUGCCAUGUCUGUGUUCAGUUUAUUUUAUUACUUGUAUUUACCCAUACAUGGCAGAGCAAUUGUGGAGUCAUCUGGGAGUAAACACAUUCGCAAAACUAAUCUGUUUGGACUUUACAUUUUCCUGUCAGCAAUGACCAUAAAACUGGAGCCCACCAGCGCAGGAGUGUCAGCCGAGACCUGGGAAGGGAGCAACCAAAGCUAA